CAACGAAUUAAAAUGCUUGUCACCUCGUGGAUUCCGGACAGAGGGCAGUCUUUAAGACCCAGCGAUAGUAUUUGUCUGGAGAGGAAAUGUUGCUUUUUGACAGAUGAGAGAAAUCCCCUCAGUGUCGGCUGUGGAAAGAGAGAAGCGAAGUCAGUCACCUGGUGGUGAAGGCCAGUAAAACAGCGAAGCAGGAGGAAAAUUUUUCUCUCCCUCUCUUUCUCUCCCUCUUUUCUCUCCGUAGGAUCCACCUCCUAUUCUCUCAACUCUUUUAGCAUAACCUUCAAAGGAGAACGUUCCCUUCUGACUUGAUUAUCUUCUUUUCCCCACUGAGAAAAUACCUCUCAGCUACAAGACAUAUUUUAAGUCUAUGCAGGACUUCGGGGAUUCUGUUAUCUUGCCAGGGAAAUUGAUCAUUGCUAAUGCCUGGGACUGGAGCUAAAUUAGCUACCAGAGUAAGCCUGACGGAGGAAGGCUUUCAUCAUACACUCUUCUCUUCAGUUUGAACACAUUUGCUUGAAAUUUGCCGCAUGAUGCUGACCAGGGAAGCAGCUUUUUUUCUCGGGAUGCAGCAAUUCGCUGGUUUCUAAGCUUAUUGCAGAAGAAGAAAUAAUCUUAAAUAGAGUGGAUAUCUUUUUCCUUUUUUCUUUUGGCCCCUGUUUCAAUCGACUCAGCUGUGUUGCACCGCGGUACAGAUCACCUGUCACUAAAUCUUUGAGGAAGUAAAACAAAGUGAAUUAUUAUUAUUUAUUUAUUUUCCUUAUUUUUAACCCGGUGGAGGCGGCGUGACCACGAAGAAUGAGACUGAGAGGAGCUGCCGGGGCUUGGAGGAGGAUAAAGCUGAGUUUAAGCUGGAAACUAAAAGACUAGAUUGUUUUUGGGUGCCACUCGCCCGGUUCCUCUCCACUUCGUUUAGUUGCACUCCAUGGACAGAUCAACGAACCUGGACAUUGAGGAGCUCAAGAUGACACGAGAACAAUACAUACUAGCAACCCAACAGAAUAACCUGCCAAGGACUGAGAAUGCACAACUUUAUCCAGUGGGAAUUUAUGGAUGGCGAAAGAGGUGCUUAUACUUCUUUGUCCUUCUGCUGUUGGUUACCAUGAUAGUUAACUUAGCCAUGACAAUAUGGAUAUUGAAAGUUAUGAAUUUCACUGUGGAUGGUAUGGGAAAUCUGAGAGUCACCAAGAAGGGAAUCCGACUUGAAGGUAUAUCUGAGUUUCUACUUCCAUUGUAUGUGAAAGAAAUUCAUUCUCGAAAGGAUAGUCCACUGGUCUUACAGUCUGACAGGAAUGUAACAGUGAAUGCAAGAAAUCACAUGGGGCAGUUAACUGGACAGCUGACCAUAGGAGCUGAUGCUGUGGAAGCUCAGUGUAAGAGAUUUGAAGUGAGAGCCAGUGAAGAUGGCAGGGUGCUGUUUUCUGCAGAUGAAGAUGAGAUUACCAUUGGUGCUGAAAAGCUGAAAGUUACAGGCACUGAAGGAGCUGUAUUUGGGCACUCUGUGGAGACGCCGCACAUCAGAGCAGAGCCAUCCCAAGAUCUCAGGCUUGAAUCACCCACCAGAUCCUUGAUCAUGGAAGCUCCUCGUGGGGUCCAGGUGAGUGCUGCUGCAGGAGACUUCAAGGCCACCUGCAGGAAGGAGCUCCAUUUGCAAUCUACAGAAGGGGAGAUAUUUUUAAAUGCAGAGACAAUCAGGCUGGGAAAUCUACCAACUGGCUCCUUCUCAUCUUCUUCACCCAGCUCCUCAAGUUCUCGGCAGACAGUGUAUGAACUCUGCGUCUGCCCCAGUGGUAAACUGUACCUUUCUCCAGCAGGAGUAGGUUCCACUUGUCAGUCCAGUAGCAGCAUCUGCUUGUGGAGCUGAAGUGACUGAUUUCUCCUCACACCAGAAUAGCCUUUUGUUCCUGUCCGUCUGCUUCACAGUUCUGCUCGGUUUCCCUUGUGAUCAGUCCAGAGCUUCUUUGAAUUGUCCACAGAGCUGCUUCCAGUGUGAGCAGGGAUUCGCCACCACCUUCUCUUGUGAUUUACUGUACUGCUCAACGCAGAAGGUGUGAUUGACACAGCAGUGGAAAAAGCGUCGUCAGCAGGAAAACUGGAUCAAGACUUUUGCUCAAAAGGGAGAAUAACAUAGGUGCCUUUGCUAUGCGAAGUGAAGCACACAGUUUUAGAUUUUUGCAGGAACUGGAUAUGAACUGCACAUAUACACGUUACAUAAAUGAAAUUCCCAGUAUCCAAUGGCAAGAUGAAAUGGUUAACCCUGUAAGAAAACUUAUUCUACAGUCUGAAAGCACAAUUUUCCAUUCAUCUUUUUGGAUGUAAACUUUUAUCCCCAACUUUUAAAAUUUUAAAGCAUUAUGUAAUGUUUGCUUUACUAAAAAUUAAAUUCAAUAUAUGGUUUUUAACAAAACAGAACAAAACAAAACAAUACAGAAUCUCUCCCUGAGUUUUUUGUUUCUUUAAUUUCAGUGUGUUGUUACUCUUUGUCUACUAAGUCUAGAAUUUUGUACAUUAGGUAAUUUUGAAAGCACUCAGCAAUAUAUUCUUUACAGUAUUAACAAAAUGCCAUUAUAAUGUCAUUUGUCAGAUCUGGAUGGCCUUAUAUAGUAUUUACAUGGCUACUGCAUGUGACGUAUUUGCUUUUAACAAAAUAUCUAAUUUACUGCAAUAUAAGAUAGGUUUAAGAAGGACAUAUUGAUGGUAUUAAAUCCAUAGAUCAUUUUUUAAAAACUCACAUGCUAUCCUUGCUAUCCUUUACACCUAGGUUUUAAUAGUGUAAUUUUUGUUUGCUCCACUCACUUUACACUUGAUUCUGACUGCUAAAAUUCAGACACCCUCUAAAUUAAUAAUACUAAUGUGAUGCAUAAUGCUGAGAAUAAAUUCACUUUCCAUUGGGGUAUCAUCUUCAGAAUUAUUCUCCAUUUUUUUUUUUACUGGAGGUUAGGAUUUAAAGAAGUUAGAAGUUAACUUAAAAUUUCUUGACUAAACAGUAAAAAUGACAAAUGCUAAUAAACACUGAAAAUGUGUUUACUUCACUAGAUUCAUAUUUUAGGGAAUUUACUCCCAUUUCUAUUCAACUGUUAACAUGUAUUUACUUUUAUUAGAUUCUUAAACUACACUGACCUCAACAAUUCUAGUUCUUUUCAUUUUCCAAUGCUUAUUUUUGUAUGUGACGUCUUAGUAAACAACUCCAGAAUAUCGAAGAUUCAUUUAUCACAACACCCCUUAACUCAAAUUCUUGAAACUUACAGAGUCAAAGAAUGUAAAACUGUAUUAAAUAUUUCCUAUUUAUUAUGGGAAGAUGACUUAAUUACUAUAAGGUAAGUCCUGAAUUUUCACAUGUCAAUCAACUUUUUUUCUGCCGCAUGCACACUAUCAACAGUUGUGCUUCCUUUUGGGGAUUAACGGCUGUAGAAUCUUUGGAGUUCAGGUCUCUACAGCUCAGAGUGAACUGGGAGAUUAGAACUUGUUGCAAAAGAUGUGGUUAGUGAAAGUAGAAAUAUUGGCAAUGCAAGAAGAAAAGUGAAACAUUUGACCAGAAUUAUCUUGUUUCCAUAACCUAGCAUAUCAAAUAACUGAAAAAGCUCAUGUCCACUGUACUCAGCAGAAGGGUUCAAAGGCUAAUUUACUUUUAUUAUUUUUAAAAUAAAAUGUGGCUUAUAUUUGGGUGUUAAUAUAUAACUUUUAAAAUCAAUAUUGAAGUAAGAAUUAUGAUAUACAAUUGCUUACAAAGUUAUCUGAUAACAAGAGUUUAUAUUAAAAUAAGAGAAUUUAAGAAAUCUCACAUUGGUCUUUGCAAAAUAAAGUAUAAUACAAGAAAUGUUGAGAAAUUAUGUGUGCUAAUCACUAUAUUAUGGACUUUUAAGGAAAACAUUAUGUAGUAAUUUCAGACAUAUUCAAGUUCUAAUCAUCCUUCUAUUAAAAUCAUUAGAAACUUUCUAAGUCAAAUGGGAAUAAUUCUUUUGAGUAGGAACUGGCCCUGUUUCUAAUCUCAGCUGUCUUCUAAUCAAUUGAGCUGUUUUAGGCAGUUUGAGAAUCUCUCCAGGCUUCAGUUUACUCAACUUUACAGCAAAAGUAUUGAAUAAAAUAGUCUCUUGGGGUUCCUUUCUAUUCCGACAUGUUCUAAUUUCAAGUACAAAUAUUACAGAGGGCAAAAGAGAAAAUUGAAAAUUUAAAUUCUAUGUCAUAAGAGGAGAAAAGAUGAAAAAAAUGUAAAAAUCAAUUCCAGUGAGGGGCUGUCACAUUUUUAAUUCAAAUGUAUUCUCAGAAGUAUAGACACAAUUCAAAAGUAACUUACAAGCUUGAGAGCUUUAGACUGUAUCCAGAUGAUACAACAAAUCUAUUCAGUACAGUAGACAAAAUAGUGAUAGCGAUGGUUUUCCUAUUCAACACCAAGUAAUUGCUUUUAGUUGUUUGACUAGCUGUUUCAGAUUUCUGAACCUAAGAGAAGAUCCCUGCCUCAGAGAGAUCAAGCCUAUGGUGAAGGCUUAGAAGAAUGGCCCCAAAUGUCCUCGUUUUCCUCAUUCAAACACAAAAAAGCAUUAAAAAAAAAAUACAGUGGCCCCUUAAUUGCACACUACCCAAACAGAUUAUUUUCCCAGUACCAUCUUUAUGUUACAAUAUGAAAAAAUAUAAUGCAGUUUACUUACUUAUAUGAUAUAAAUUUCAUCUUCCCCAAAUGACACUGAGAAAAAUGAAUCCUUUAUAGUGUACUACAUGGAUGUGACUAAGCUUAUUACCCAUAUCUUAAUAACUUCAUACUCAGUGUAGUCUAGGAAGGAACAAAGGGAGGAAGAAAAAGAGGCUGGUAGUACUGCUAGCAUUUAAGUUAUUUGCCGGGAAUGGAUAAACCGAGAUGUAUUUGAAUUCAGGUUUGGGGGAUCAAAAGGAAAGAUGCAAAGAAGACACAUUAUUCUUUUCUUUUUCAGAAGAUUUCAAUUAAAAACUUCAAAAAAACAGCAAGAGCAACAAAAACUUCCAAAUUCCCUACUUCUCUCGUUCAACAUUUCCAAAAUUUCUAUCCGGUACUUAUUAGUCAUACACACACAUACACACAUAUAUAUGUCUAAAAUAUAUGUAUUUUAUUGUGAAUGAUAUGCUUUAUAAUUUGUCAUAAUUAUCUAAGAGUUUAAGACAAUUAUACACUUCAAAUUUUACUGCAACUUGGGAAUCUUAGAUUACAGUACUUCAAAUCUAGGAAAAUGGACCCAGCAAAUCCAGUUCUAGUUCUGCCCCUGGCUAGUCAUGUGAACUUACCUACUUAAGACACAUAUUUAAUUACGUUGGUCACAGUUCAAUUGUCUGUGAGAGGGAUAUAUCAAACUAGACAUUUCCUUUAGUCACAUUCAUUUUUAAAUUUUUCUGAUUCAUUUAAGGAAGUACUCAUAAAUCUUAGGUUAAGUAGCCAUAUCUGAACUAGCAUUUGUGAUCUCCUUCGGCACCUUAAAAAGUUACUUAUAAAUGUUGAAAUGCAAAUCUUUUUGGCAUGCUACUUCCUCUGCUCUUUUUUAUACUCCCUUUUAUACUCUGACCAUUUGAACAUUAAGGUUCCUUUGGAAAAGUCAUGCUUGGUUAACAGGAUUCAGUAAUAUGGUUGACGUUCUAAAGGAAAAUAAAGCAUUUGGGUCUUAUUCAAAGUGACUGUUUAGGAAAUAGAAAUAUUAACCAAAUACAAACAUUCUGUUGAUUUGUUAUUACCUCCAUAAAGCUAAAAAGCAGUGAUCUUUUGAAGAAAUGAUAAUGUGAUCACAGAGGUUAACUGCUGAACUGUUUAUAACGUUUUAUUCCAUUCAAAAUUUCUGCAUAUUCUAUCUGAAUGACUCAAUCGGAGAAUGCUUCAUUUUACAAAAAUAGCAUUUGAUACAAUAAAACUUCUAAUAAAUUGUUUCACUGCAAACAUGGUAUCUCUGUGUGAGGCAGCAAUAGCCUGGAGAGUGUCGAAGGCAUAGGAGUGUUAUAUUUCAUAGCAGAUAAUGUCAAUAUAAUAAUGUCAAAUUAUUAAAAUCAUUGAAAGUAUUUAAUGGCCAAAUUUUCUAUAAAAACCAUCAAAGCCAAAUUCAUAUUUGAGUUUUAUAUGAUGGAGGUCUUGUCACCUAAUUCUUCAAGUAGCUGUGGUCUAAUAAGAAUUGUUCAUGUGAUCAUAUUUAAUGACAUAUGGAGAAAUUAUUUGCUCUAUGUACUGGUGUAUAUUACAGUAAUGAAUACUGCAAAAUAUCAUUAUCACGAAGUAAAGGAAAAUUGCAUUUGUAUUCAUUUUAAAUAAUCAUAAACUAAUCGAUAACUUAAUUGAACACUAUUGUUAAUGUUGUUUUAUACUGCAAUUUAUUAGUUGUUUAAAUGUCAAAGACCAAAGAAUGGGAUUUCUACUGUAUUUAGCCCGAAAACACUGCUGCUCCUACUAAUAUAUUCAAAUGAAUAGGGGGGCUUGUAAUUAUAAGGUAGUUAACAUCCUUCUUGGAGGAUUCUGAGCUGUAGAAAUUAAGGAAUGCUUUUGUUUCAGAAGGGAAACAUCAUUAGUGUGGUCCACUUUUCUUUUAUACAUGCAUAACAAACUCCUUAGUAUUCAUAAAACCUAUACACAAAGACCGUAUCCCAAAAUGGGCCCAGCAUGGAUCUACUCAGCUGAGUUUAAACUUUCACUACUUGCUGAACAUUAUUUGGAGAAUAAAAUUAAUUUGAAAUACUUGUAGAACCAGAGGGCUAUUUUUUAAUUGUUAACUGAGGUGGCUCUGCAUUUUGAGAAAGCCAAUGAAAACCAUUAAAGGAAAUGAGGUAUAAUGAACUGUAGUUCUUUUUUGUCUUUUUCAGUCUUAAUAUCUCACUUGUUUGAAUAUUUAUAAAUAAAAGCCAAACAGGGUUAAAGAUAGACAAGGACAUUCGUUAACAAUGGAGAUGUGUAAUUUGGAGUUUGAGUGUCUCGUUAUUUAUACAAUUCUUUAAAUCAGGUCCACUAUUCAUUUAUUUUGUUUUGUACUUUCAUGUAAAUGUUUUCUUGUAUAUAUAGAUAUAUGAAAAAUGGAACUAUUUUCUUACACAUACUAUGCAACAUGUUUGUAAAAUUGCAAUAUUACCAAAAUUACAAAAGCUGUGCUUUUGUACUCUAUCUUGCUUUAUGUAAAAAUCACUUUUUCUAUUUAAACGGACUCUCUGUCCUAUAAACUGUAGAUAACAUAUCUAUUCAAAAAUCAGUCUAUUGUAUCUUUUGUUUAGAUUGAACUUAAUUGGGGUAUAUUUUGGGGGAGAGAAAAAUGCAGCAAAGUUUUGGCAGUUGGAAACCUUUUUUUCUUUGACAUGAGACCUUUUGAAGCAUGCAAUGAGCUCAUAUAAUUUAAGAUCUCUCCUGUGAUUCUUGUAAUUUGUCCUAAUUUUGGUGCUACUAUGUAAACAUGAUUAAAUGUGAUAGUCAAAACAAA